UAUGGUGGAUAUUCAAGCUAGUUUAGACGAUGGUUUGGCAUAAUAGUGCGAUAAAUCUCCACUUUUUGUGUUGAAUGUUUGUUAACGACAAUAAUCAAUUACUUAUACGUGUACUAGAAUAUUUUUUAAGCGUGGUUUAAUCCAUGUUACACUCUUCCUGAAGAGAAAUAACGCAUUUUGUCAACUUUCUGAUGCCGGUAAACGCACUGGAAUCUAACUUGUGUAAAUCCGACCGACAGCUAAUUCAAACUCUUUUAUCUGUUAUAUUUACUGUUCGUUUAUAAGUUUAAAGUGUUGGUGAUUUCUUAGCUAAUUUACUCAUUAGUUUCAGUCAUUAGAAAAUUUGAAAAAAAAAAAAAAAAAAGACUCGGUACAUACAACAGUAACAGUUGGACAAUGACAGUCUUCUGAUUUAUUUGAGAUGUUACUUAGAUGUUUGGUUUUUCUUCUCUAAAAUGUCAUGCACGACUCGAGAAAUUAUCUAGUGUAGGUAUUUACCUAACAACUCUACACACGUUUAUGGUUAUGUUUCGAAUCAGAUUUCAUAUUGUGACGCAUGACGAACGUAAUUCUCCACAUUAAAUCGUCUUGUUUCAGUGUUGUGGGAAUUCCGACUUGCAACAAUGUGCAGGCUGCUCAAGUAUUGCUUGAGCCACUUGCUUUAUGCUGCAAUGACCCGGCUAGAUGAAGUCAAUAAAGGGGUCAACACGUGGACCUCCAUUCGUUACCUUGGAUACCUGUCCGGUCUUAACUCAUUGGUGGCCGUUUGCUUGGGUCUUUAUGUACAAUGGGAGAAGACGGACGACACUAUUAUUUUGGUCAUUUUUAUUUUGGGCCUCUUUGUACUUGGGAUAGCUAGUAUUCUCCACUACUAUUUCAGCAUGGAGAGGGUCAGCCUCUUUCUGUUGCAUCUUUGGUUUGGUUUCCUUCUUGGUUUGCUGUGCUUCCUCAAUGUCCCAUCCAAAGAGGAAGAUGUUAAGGAGCAGGUGGCCAACUAUAUGUUAGUAGCCAGCAUGGUGAUAAGAAUCCUAUGGGCUUUAGUUGAAAGAAUGUGUGGUUGUACUCGGCAUCAACCUGCGUUCCUCAAUUCAAGGGAAGCUCUGGAGCUCACAGGCUUUGCUGUGGCCAGCACAACUCUGGUUGGCCAUAAAUCUGUAAGCCUCAGUGUUCUGACACUCUCCCUGGCUGCUGUAAUUGUGAACUUGCGCAUGAAGUCCAACCUGGCCCUUCAAAAUCUGACCUUUUUCUCUGGGGUCACAAUAUUCUUCUUCCAGAAGUCUUUAGGGGUGUCCACCAACCCCUUUGCCCUGUCGUGCUUCUUCAGCCGCCUUGUCUGCGACCCAUUCAUGGAUGUCUACUUCAGCGGCCUUUCAGUCACUGAACGCUGGUCACCACUCUUAGUGAGAAAAGGCUUCUGUAGGCGGCUGUCCCUUCUUCCUCUAGUUGUGAUGAAGGUGGCUUUCCUCAUCAUGGCUGCUCUAAAGAUGAGAGAUCUGGAUCGGUGGUACCUGUUGAUCCCAGGUCUCUCUGUCUUAAUUAUUUUCUGGAUCAUCUGCCACCUGGUUUUCUUGGUUACACUGUGGGAUUUCCACAGUAAGCUAAGUGACUGUCAGAGGCUGUGCAUGGGACACAUUUCAGAGGCUGGAGAACUGGACAGGGUCAUGGCAUCUAAGGGCAUGCGCCACUUCUGCCUCAUAUCAAAACGCCUGGUUGAUUUCAGCCUUGGGUCCACCGUCAUACUAGGAGCUCUGGCUUGGCAGCCGUCCAACAGUCUGUUUAUUGCCUUGUUUCUGCUGGUAUUAUCACUGGAGUCACUAGCCCACGGCCUCUUCCAUGAACUGGGAAACAGCCUUGGAGGAACCUGUAUGGGCUACGCUGUGAUCAUUCCAACCAACUAUUGCAGCCCAGAUGAUCAGCCCACCCUACUGCCCCCAGCUCAUGUGCAGGAACUCCACUUGCGCUCAACAGGGAUACUGAACAACGUGCAACGCUUCUUUUCCCAUCACAUGAUUGAGACCUAUGGUUGUGACUACUCGACCAGCGGCUUGAGUCUGGAAGCACUGCAAGCAAAGCUCCGCAAGUUCAUGGACGCCCACACGGCUGAUGGCCCACGUCACGACACCUACGUGCUCUUUUAUAGUGGUCACACGCACCGCAGUGGAGAGUGGGCCCUAUCAGGUGGUGACAUUUUGCGUCUUGAUGAGAUCAUGCAGCUCUGGAGAGAGAAGAAUGCUGGUUUCUGCUCCCGUCUUAUCAUCAUUCUCGACACAGAUAACUCCCUCCCUUGGGUGAAAGAGGUGCAGAACAUCGAGGGCCUUUAUAUAGCAGUUCAAGGGGCCGUGCUCUCAAGUCCCACAGACCUGGAACUCCAGGAUGCUCCUCAGCUCGGGGACUUCACUUCUCAAUGGGUCGAUUUCAACUGCAACCCUGAGAGCGCUGUCCGCUGGUCUGAGCGUGGACGGACCGUCCGAGCUGCAUACGGCAUCUCUAGACACUGGAGUGACUACAAGCUCCACCUUCCCUCUGAAAGUGACGUGACAAGGCACUGGAGAAUGUACUUCCCACGUUUGACUUACCCCAUGGUUCAGCUCGCCCACUGGUGCGGUGGACAGAACCACUUCAACCUUUGCAGUUACUGUGUUCGGCUUCUCUGGCGAAUUAAACUUAAAUGGUUCCCUCCUUCGGUGCUAGACACAGGCCAAGGUUUCAAGCUGGUUAAAUCAUAGAAUAAGAUCUAGUAUGCGAUGAUACUGUAGGCAUCUGCAAGUCACUGUAUCAGGACUCUGAUAGGUGAGUCUCGCAUAUGGCAGCUUUUAUUUGUAUGGACCAGCAGCACGAUUUAUUAAAUCUCAGGUGUGAUUAAACUCCAGGUAUGUGUUUGUGAUGUAAGAUUAGCUGAAACAUGCUGACAACAGUGUAAUUUUUUUCAUCACUGUACACAUGUCUGGGUAAUAUUUUACCCCAAGAUCUAAAGAAAAAUAUGUAAGAAAAUAUUUUGCUCAAAGAAUAUCACAUUUUUAGGACCACUAAGAUUAUUUUUUUGCAUUGUGUUCUUGACAAUAAAUUAUAUUAGGUAAUUGUCAGGAAUAUUUUCCUAUUUAUUUAGAUAUAUAUUAUUGUCACAAUUUUUAAGUAUAUUAAAUAUUAGCAAAUGUUUUUUAUUUAAAUUAAGUGUUUAUACAUGGUAGUAUUUGUUGUACUGCCUUUAAUUUAUUCUGAUUUAAAUAAAAACUAAAAAUUACUGUUCUGCAGUAUUGAGAAUCACUAUGGAGAAUUAUGGGAUUUACAAAAAAGAACAAUCCCGGAAAAGGAAAACAUGAGUACAAAGGAGGAUUAUUAGAAUGUAGGGGAAAAUGUGCAUAAUUUACAUCAAAAUAAUUUCAUAAUGUGCAAAAACUUAAUGGUCCAAAAAAUAGGCUUUUUCUUUACGCAAAGUCAUAUUUUCUUUCUUGAAAUCAAAUGAAUUUUGUGAGAUUCACCUGCAACACCAAUAAGUUACUGAUGGGCCAUGCUAGCAGCAUUGCACCUACUAACAUGCAACGUUACAGCUUUAACUUGUGACAUUUUUAACUCUUUCUGCCAUUUUAAUGCUUACUACCAUUGUUUAUGAUUUUCGUAUAAGCUUUAUCAAAUGUACCAGCACUGAACCUUUGAAUGCUACAUGGUACAAUUUUCAAGCACCACAUAGCACAGCAUGAAACCCAUUAGCAGUCUGCAGCCAGAUGUAGAGUGCUGCAUCUUACUUUAACUGCACUAGACAAGCAUGGCCUUAUAUUUGGUAUCUUUACUAAGGAAGUUGUGUACAAGAACACUCUCUACACAUGUUCAGAACAGUCCAUUGGAUAAUUAUAUUUGUAUUGGUGUAUUUUUAUAUUUGUUUAUACAGAACAACAUUUUCUACUGUCCUUUAAAAAUUGUGCAACAUUUAUUCUAUUUUUUGUGCAUUGGUUGUUAAAUUGAAGUCCCAUUUAGCUAAACACUGUUGUAUAUGGCCUUGCCUGUGUUAUGGCCUAGGGAUUAUAUGUUUAGUCAUUUGACUAAUAAUGUGUGUUUCUUGCACUUUUAGCUAUAGUAAUGGAAGGGAUUUGUCAUAGAAAUUCAGCAUAACUGUGUAACAUGGAGGUGUGGUAACGUGUGUUCUCAAGUGCCUUGUGCAAGAUUAGUCCUCACCCAAAGAUGCAAGGAUUUCCUCCUAAUGAAAUAUGCUAAAUGUAUUGAUUCAUACGAGAUUGUAUGAAGAGGUCUGAAGGCUUUUUUUUUUUUUUAGGGAACUUUCUCAAAAUGCAUGGUGUGAAUCAUUAAGUUACUGGGGAUUGAUGAUGGUAAAUGUUUCUUUAUUGUUUAUGUGAAUUAAAUCAACCCAUAAUCAGAAUGAGUGUGAAAUGAAUAAAAGAGUUGCUCUUUCAAUGCAAAAUUGCAUAUGGAAUUGUGCUUUUAUCU